AUAAUAAUUUAGCCACUUAACGUUUUAGUUAUUUAGGCGUUUGUUAACACCGGGGAACUCAAAAUAUGACUUAUUUAACUUCCCAGCAUCACAUAUUUACCCCCAAGUGGUGUUUAAUUCGUGUUUGAGAAAGCACUUGUUGAUAUAUGUUAUCUAGGUAAUGGUAUUUAGCUAGCUGCUAAGAAUGGCUAACUGUAACGAUAUGGUUUUUCACACUCAAAUAGCCUCCAUUAUGGAGGUUCUAGCGAAUACAGCCGUGGCAGAGAUCUGUAAACUCGUAGACGACGACUAUGCAGUGUUUCGUAUGGAAAUAACUCAAAGCCAGAAAGAAAACAGGUCAUUGCGGAGGAAGCUACAGCUACUGGAACUGAAGGUGGCACGGGAGCGCCGUCACAGUAGUGCCAAGAUCCUCGAGCGAUACAGAGGAAUGGCAAGAGGUGAAGGACAUCUCACUGGAGGUCACAGGGGCUUUGUGAAGCCAGUGGGACACAAUACAUGGAGAGAUGACCAACCAAUUACAGUUGAUGAGGGGAGUGGAACCUCAACCCAGCAUGUUAUCGUGAUAGAGUCUGCAGAUGCUGCAGGUCCUGGGGUGAAGCUAGAGGGGUCUGAAGGAGAGGAGGACCCACGGCACAGGAGAGACAUCCAGACUGGAGUCGAGGACCCUACCACCGCCGCAGCGCAGCCCAGGACUCGACGCAGCAUCACGGAGGUCAGUGGAACGCUGACCGCCGUCCUCAAGUCAAAGACGGACACGAAGACUUUAACUGUAACUCACAGUCUCUUACAUACAGGACAUGACCACAUAUCAGACCCCGGUCUGGGGAGACUGGUCUGUCCUCCUGCUUCCAGCUCAGACUAUUUACCGGUAUUUCACCAGAGCCAGAGGCCUGUUCAUUCCCUUGGGGAUGGAGACACGUUAGAUACUGGUGGUGAUGAUCCUACUUGUUCUUACACUACAGAGGACCCAGAGGACCUCAACAUGCCCUUGGGUUUAGAGACACAGGCAGAUCUGUCUAUAGGGGACUGGAACCAGUACAGUAGUAGCGUAUACUCUGAAGGGUACUUAGAUAAGGAAGGGGAGGGGCUGGUCAUAGAUGAAGUGACUGUGAAAUUGGAGGGUGAUGUCCCUCCCACAUGGAAUGCAGAUCACCUAAGAGAAGGCCACUCGCAGGGCAGAGAUUUCUUAGACUACAGGGAAAGCUUAGAGACAAAUCCAAAUGUUGCGACCCACUCCCCUUUACACACGCUCAGAGAGCACAACCCCGUGUCCACGUCGAUGGGGUCUUCUGAUUCACACGGCCACAUCCUUUUCGAUCAGGUAUUGAACUCAAACAGAGAUAAAACCCAGGCUUGGGGAGGGGGAGCAACAUCAGGCAAUAGUAAAGAGAAACGGUUCCUCUGCAUGUUCUGUAACAAAGGCUUCAGCUGCCCCCAGAAGGUGGAGACCCACCAGAGGGUCCACACAGGAGAGAAACCAUUCAGCUGCACCCAGUGCCACAUGCGCUUCACCGAGGCUGGCACCCUGAAGCGGCACCAGAGGGUCCACACAGGGGAGAAACCUUACAGCUGCCCCCAGUGUGAGAAGAGGUUCUCCCGCCAGGACAAACUGAAGAGGCACCUGAAGGUCCACACGGGAGAGAGGCCGUUCGCCUGUACGCACUGCGGGAAGAGGUUCUCAGAGAGGAGCUACCUCAGAAUACAUCAGGAAAAAAACCAUUCCACUCUAACAUAGAAAGUAACCAUUCCAUUUGAUAGCUUCUAGAUCAAAGCCACAUUGAAGAUAGACUUUCAAUUUCCGCAACAACUAAGAGCGUUGGAAGUGCAAGGCCCAGACAUUGGAAUAUACACAGUGUACAAAAAAUUAGGAACACAUGACAUGGACUGACCAGGUGAAAGCUAUGGUCCCUUAUUGAUGUCACCUGUUAUAUCCACUUCAAUUAG